CAGUUUGCUCAAUCUGAGUGGAGAGGUUAAAGUCUCGACACAGUUUGAUAACGUCUAGUCUGGACACCUGCAAACAUGGCUGCCGGGGGACUUCUUGCUACAGUCCCCACACCUGGCUUCUUUCACCUUGACUUGUUCAUCAAGGACACGAAGGAUGUUACGCCGUGGUAUGACGAGCUCAAAAGGAGAUUGGAACGGGAAAAGGGGCCGAUGGAGAGUGCCAUGACAAACCUACUGAGUGUUUUUGCGUUCCACAAAGUACGCGGUAAAGGCGAGGCCCGGAAACUGCUGGAGAAACUCACCGAGAAGGAUGAGAACAACCUCAACGCUAUCGCCAACAAACAGUUCAUAUACAGCCAACUGAUGAGAGCAAAGGAUGAGAUGGCGUGUAGGGAUCGCCUACAGGAACUGUUGUCAGACCAAUCGGAUGCUGCCAGAGCAAGAAAUGCCCGCUGGUUUUUGCCCGAACAGGCCUAUGCUCUUACAUUUGAUGUAAGGGACGACAGCAAAGACAUGGUUUCGAAGGUGAGACAUGCAAUCAGUCUGUUGGAAACAGCCUUAAGCUUGGUGUGCGACACCGAUACGUUGGUCAACGAGUGUCUUGUUUGGAAAUACUACUUGAGUUUCUGUUACUGGCGCUUCGAUCAAGUGAAAUAUGCACACGGGCAGGAUAAAACGCAACUGACGGAAGACGACAAGAAGGAAGUGCUACUUAAAGCACAAAGCCUGUUGAUAGAGGUAACCCAGAUGAAUCCCAGUAGGAAACACAGUGAGUCUUAUGUCGCCAAAGCAUGGGCUCUGUUGGGAGCUCUGGUUCGUAAGUGCACAGAUAAAUUCAAAAGCUAUGAAACACCAGACUACGUUAAGGAAGAAGUUUCUCUAACAGAAGAAAGUCAGAUCGGUCCACAGUUUAUUUGCUUCGAAAAAGCGCUGGAAAUAAACCCAAAUGACAGUGAGAUCUAUCGUAGAUUCGGGAGGGGCUACGUGCAAAUUGGCAUGUACAACAAAGCUCGAGAUAUGUUCGACAAAUCGAUAGACAUAAUGCCCGACAGUAUAAGUAAUUGGUUUGCAUAUCACGAGAGGUCUCUCAUUAACAUGCUAGAAUAUGAUCAACUCGUAAAUCUGUCCCGCAAAGGAGGAGCAUUGCCCUCAAAAGACUUACUGCAAAGGGCCAAAGAAGACGCAGUUGUAUCCUGCGAGGGUGCAAUGACGCCAUUCAAUGUCUACCACCUUGGUAAAGUCUCCCACAGGCUUGCUGUCCAUCCUAUAACAGAGGAAGUGGAAGUCAAGGAUGAAUUAGACGAUGCGCUUGACAGCUUCGCCCAAGCACUGCAGUUACAAAACGGUUUCGCCUAUUCCAGGAUACAUGCAGCCAGAGGUCGUAGUCUAGAGGCUGCGGGAGAACUAGAAAAGGCAGCAGAGUCUUAUAAGCGCGCAGUUGAAAACGAGGAAACUACCUUCAACUGGAACCUUACUGGCGUACUGAGAAACCUACUGAAACUCCAUGGAUCAGACUCUGACCCUGGUAGAGAGCAUUACAUCGCUGAAUUAGCUUUCUGGAUCAACGAAGGCUACAAGAAGUACCCGGACAUCACGAAAAUCAUUCAAGGUUGCGUCUUCAAGUUCGGAAGUCAAAUGAUACAGGUAUGUCAGUAUCUUAUUGACCAUGACAAACCCAUGCUUGCCAGGCUUUGUCUCCAAUGUUUUCAAAGACACAACAACUGGAGACACCGCACAGCGGCAGCAUCUAUGGAAAGAAAACUUCCGGGUGUAGAUGAUGAUAGAGGAUCUGGAGCAGAUGACAUGACAUCCACGCAGUCCAAACCAGACAUGCGCGUGAACAUCCCAGUUUCGGUGGAGAAACCGCGGCAUGGCCAUGAGUUCCAGUACGACUUCUUCGUGUCACACAGCAGCAAAGACGCCGACUGGGUGAACUUCGCACUUCUACCAGCGCUGGAGGUGGACUUGCGAUUUAAAGGUUGUGUAGCUGACCGAGACUUCAUGCCCGGGAAGAGCGUGUUCGACAACAUCAUCUACAGCAUCGAGAACAGCUACAAGACCCUGUUGAUCCUCACGCCAAACUUCGUGACCAGUGAGUGGUGUAAGUACGAGACAGAACAGGCCUUGGUAGAAAGUCUCACGUCCAAGACCGGGCGCGUCAUUCCCAUCAUGCUUCACAACUGUGACGUACCGGCUUCUCUGCGCACAAUCACGUAUCUGGAUGUGUCACGUGAUGCAAUAGGCUCCUACGAUUGGUUGAAACUGAAGAAAGCUUUGGAGGAGACGCCUCCAACAGACAAAUGACAGAGUAAGAAAAAUUGUCCUGCAGGACAUGACAUGAAAAGCUGACCAUGUAAAGGGGUUAUGUUGCCCUGUUGUCAGCUUCUCUCACAUUUUAUUGCCAGGGAAGUCUAAUCCACAAAACAAUACAGAAAUAUUUGUGUAUUUCACGAGUAUAUAUUGUACACUGCAGCACAUUCUUCUGUUGGCUAUCUGAUAUGCUUUACAUUGUAGUAAAUUCGACCAGGUACAUAUUUAGAUUUGUGAUUGCAGUACUAGUCCAUUUAUCUAACUCGAAAGUCCUUCCUCCAUUUAUCAUUUGUACGGAUGUAAGCAAUAUUUAGUUCUUAUCUAAUCGGAACUUAAUUUUGUUACCAUAAAGCAAUAUUACAAAACAAUAACACGAACAGAAGAGCAUGUUAAUAAUCAUAUAGUGUUUGGCAUACAGUUAAUAUGGGACCGGACAAUGGGCUAAUCCAGGGCAACACAAAGUAUAGUUUGAUAAAGUUUGUAAAUAAGAAUACAAUUCCUGCCAAUGUCCAAGCUUAAUAUAGAAUAUGUAACUAUGAACUGUCGUGUAUAAAAUCGUGUUGACAAUAAAAGCUACGAGAUAUUUU